GGGGGGGAAGCCCCUCUUCGGCAUCGGCAUCGAGAACUUCAUCACCUUGAUCGUCUUCGGCUUGAUCUUCGCCCUGGGGGUGCUGGGCAACUCGCUAGUCAUCACGGUGCUGGCGAGGAGCAAGCCAGGCAAACGCCGGAGCACCACCAACAUCUUCAUCCUCAACCUGAGCAUUGCCGACCUGGCCUACCUGCUCUUCUGCAUCCCCUUCCAGGCCACUGUCUACGUGCUCCCCACCUGGGUGCUGGGAGCCUUCAUCUGCAAGUUCAUCCACUACUUCUUCACCGUCUCCAUGCUGGUGAGCAUCUUCACGCUCUCAGCCAUGUCCGUGGACCGCUACGUGGCCAUCGUGCACUCCCGACGCUCGUCAGCCCUGCGCAUUUCCCGCAACGCGCUGCUGGGUGUGGGGCUCAUCUGGGCACUCUCCUUCGCCAUGGCUUCACCUGUGGCUCACCACCAGCGCCUCUUCCACCGUGAGGCUAGCAACCAGACCUUUUGCUGGGAGUACUGGCCCAACCCACGCCACAAGAAGGUCUAUGUAGUUUGCACUUUCAUCUUUGGGUAUCUGCUCCCACUGCUACUCAUCUCCUUCUGCUAUGCCAAGGUUCUUAAUCAUCUGCAUAAGAAGUUGAGAAACAUGUCAAAGAAGUCAGAAGCGUCCAAGAAAAAGACAGCACAGACUGUGUUGGUGGUGGUGGUGGUUUUUGGCAUCUCCUGGCUGCCGCAUCAUGUGAUUCAUCUCUGGGCUGAAUUUGGAGUUUUCCCACUGACUCAAGCCUCCUUUCUCUUCAGAAUAACUGCACACUGCCUGGCUUACAGCAAUUCUUCUGUGAACCCGAUUAUAUAUGCAUUCCUCUCUGAAAAUUUUAGGAAGGCCUACAAACAAGUCUUCAAAUGCCAGAUAGGUAACGAGUCUCCUCUGAAAGACGUUAAGGAAAAUAAAAGUCGGGUAGAUACACCACCAUCUACCAACUGUACACAUGUGUGAACUCUGAAAAGUUCUGUAUGCUG